CGUAAAGAGAAAUUAGAGACAGCGAUGAUGUGGCAUAGAAGUGCACCCGGGACUUAUAUAAGGCCUGCCACAAGUGCUCUUGCCCAAAGGGUUCUGCGCCUUUGACACCUGUUUCAGCGGUAAAGAUGUACACACUCCCUGUGUGCUUGGUGCUCGCUGGCCUGCUGGUCAAUGUGGCCCUUACUAGCGACCCUUACUACAAGCAGGAGAAAUGCAAAGGAAGUCUCCCAGCCAGUGUGGUUGAAAGAUCCUUCAAAACAUGCCAGACAGCCGUUGAACAAGAAUAUGGAGAGUAUUACGUCGAGACCGAGCCCUCCACGUAUGCCUUCGACCCCGACUGCCCCUACUCCUUCCUGCAGAAAGUACCGGGGUCAGAGUACGACGGCAAUGUGGUGUAUGUGUACGUGUACAUGCCAGCCGCCCCCGGCACCGUCUUCGACAUUGAGAAGUGCAGCCUGGUUGCUAUUGAUGUGAAACCACAGUACCCGUCUAAAAAGCCAGUCUACUAGACGUAUUCACCAUAGCACACUACUCAUCGGCGGCCAGAGACUCCUUCACACCUUCCUGUCACCAGCCAGCCAUCCUCCCCCUGAACCUCCAAAA